AUGGCCUCAGCUUCCAUUCUAUGUCAAGGGAUGCAAUCUUGCAUGGAAGCACAACUACCUGAAAAGCAUGUCCUAAUAAACAAACUUUCUCCUCCAACGUUAAUCUUUUCCCAGUCUAAGUUUAAUAUGUUUUCCCAAGAAGCAGAAGCAAAAAGAGGAGUAGAACCGAAUGAAGAGAUUUGUGUUCGUUCCAAUGACUUGCAAAACCAGCAUGGCAAUGAUAACAAGGGUGGAUGGAGUUUCUUAGAGGCUUUGGAUAGUGCAAAAAAAGAUAAUGCAGAAAAUGAAGUCUAUAUUCACCCUUUAAUGAAACGCUCUUCUUCCAGUACCCUUAGCCCCAAAAGCUUGGAGAUGUGCACAGAGAACUUAGGAAGCGAAACGGGUAGUGACAUUAGCGAAAGUAUCGAGGAAAACUCUUGUUUCCUGUCAGAAAGAGAGAACUCUCAUGAUGUUGGACGAUCAAAACGUCGAGAAAUUAUUAAAAAACAUUACCGGAUAUCUAGUUUUCCUCCUCCUCUAACUUCACUAAAUGUUGUUCAAGUCAGGUCUCAACGCGAAGGCGGUCGCUUAAUUUUGAAAGCCACAACAUGCAAAUCUUGCUUCCAAACAGAACGUGCUGAUGGCAGACUUAGACUUUCUUUGUUGAAUGAUGGUAUUAACACUCAUAUUCCUGAUAGUUAUGAGCAAGCUGAAACUCAAACUGAAGCGCAAGUCAAUGAACAUGAAAAUGUAGGAAGUGAAAAAGGGGUAGGAGAGUACGUAAGACCAAGAAAAUGCAAGGAAAGUGGGAGUAGGAUCAAAGGGAUUCCAAGCUGGGAGCCAUUUUGGGUUGCCAUUUCCUAA